UAGCUCGCUGUAGCUGUCACUACAGUCGGAAAUCAUUGUCUGCCUUUUCGAAAAUGCAGGAGAGCUCUGCUUCCAAAGGUGAAAAGACUCCAUGGACAAAACCUAGACGAUGGUUGUGUUUUUGGAUACUAUUACUCGUGAUGGUAAUGUUAAUUACCUUCUACAUUUCGAGCCCCAAAGUAUCAUGGCCUUUGAAGUAUUGGACGACACACUCACAUUCAAGCCAAUCUUACAGCAAUAAGACUACUACAAUCCACAGUGUCUCCCCAGAUGCCCCAGAUGGCCCUCCAGCGUACUUUGUUGCGUACCCACACCGGUAUGGUUUCGUUUUGGACGAACCCCAUAGAUGUCAGCAGGAAAGCCCAUUCUUGGUUCUUAUGAUCCCAGUCGCACCCCAGAACAGAGAGGCCCGUGACAUGAUCCGCAACACGUGGGGCAAAGAAACUACUGUGCUUGGCAGGGUGGUCAGCCACUACUUCCUUCUGGGAAUGUCCAAACAGCAAGAUGGGACCGAAACCAUUAAGGAGCAAGUGUUACAAGAAAGCCAGAGACAUCAUGAUAUUCUUCAGAGUGACUUCUUGGACAGCUACAAUAACCUCACCAUUAAAACCAUGGUCAUGUUCGAAUGGCUCAGCUCCCGUUGCCCCAACACCUCCUACGCCAUGAAGAUCGACUCGGACAUCUUCCUCAAUGUCCGCAACCUCGUUGACAUGCUUUUGAAAGCCCCCCGACAUCUCUACAUGACAGGAAUGGUGGCAAGGGGUGCUGCUGUUCUCAGAGACCAAAACUCAAAGUGGUUUCUUCCGGUGUCUGCUUUCCCUGAGUCUAGUUACCCACCGUAUGCCCUGGGACUGGGCUAUGUGUUCUCACUGGAUUUACCCAAAAAGAUACUGGAGGCGUCUGCACAUGUUAAAGCUGUUUACAUUGAAGAUGUGUACGUGGGACUGUGUAUGAGGCAUUUGGGAAUCGCACUGACAGAUCCUCCUCAUGGUAAUUUGUUCAGGGCAUAUAUGCCUCAUUGGUCAAGCUACUGUUACUGGACCUCAGUCAUUACAACGUUACUGCAGAACUCUAACCAACUUUCAGAUGUAUGGGGAACAUACCAGACUCAAGCACAAAGUGGCUGUUAACACUUUUGCCCGUGCCUUACAAAAACUAUGUAACUGCAUAGCCCUGUUUCACAGCACAGCAGUUGCUGCCUUGAUGACAUAUUUUUUUCAUCUUUGAAGUACAGUCGGGACUUUUGAGAUCUAAACAACAGAGAUUGUGAGACAGACAUACAUUUUCACGAUUAGCAAAAUGUGUUCAUAUCUUAGGCAUUUGCGAAGAUUGCACAAAUGAUUGUAAAGAUGUCAAUAAUAUUAAGAUUUUGGGAUGGAGAUCAGUUUUUGUAUGAAUUUCUCUUCUGUCCAUGCAGUACAUAGAAUGUAACAAAUGUAAUUAAACAGGGAGUUAGCAGGCCUGGUAGUUACCACACUGUGAACGGAUGGAGUUGUCUGGAAGUAAAGCACCUAUAUGUAGCAUAUUAUUUUAAUUUAAUGGUAUGAAGGAAAAUGAUUGUCAAGGGGAAAUGAUUAGCCCAAACAAAUAGUCAUGCAUAAUAUUGCGUGACUGACGUUCACCACUGAAACUUGCCUCAGAGGAAGAGGCCGACCUCACACUGCCGCUGCAUAGCAGAGUACAUUGAAAGGUACACAAGUGCACACAUUAGACAGUUCACACAGUCUGCUGCGGAACAGCUGUAGUUACUAUAACUCUGGAAUAAUCUGAAUAACCACGACAUUAAUGGCAUUGACUGUCAGGAAUGCCAGAAUAUUCACCAGCAAAGAGUAAAGAGUAAACGCAAGAGCAUGAUAGCAUCACUGACUAUGGCAUGAGCAAGUAAGAUAUCGGUCACUGAACAAAAAAUAUUUCCCACACUUCCUUGGUUGCUCAUUAAAGUUCCAACUAAAGACAUGCAUGUGUUGCACACAGAUUAUCUUUCGCAAAGAUCUGAUAAAGUGAGGAUGUGUUCGUUUACUAAGUGAUGUAAAGUGCUUGAAUCAGAGUGAAAGACUUGGCGUGCCGUUUGCCUUUCAUCUUAGGUACUGUCAUGACUGUAUGUUCUGUGCUAAAUCUACGGUAUUUGUCUUUGAAAAUACAGCUAAAUGGAUGAGAAGAAAUACACAGUACAGUAACUAUUGUGCAAAUAAUUAUUAAUAAUGGAAUACAAUAUAUUUCUUUAACAUAUUUUUCCCAUUUGUCCAGUAUACGCAAAUAGGUUUUGGCAAGUAGGCUUCAACAAAACCAACAAAAAAUACACUCUGACAGCCCUAUGUCCUAAAAAUGACCAUACUGACAAACAACAAAGCUGCAUUCUCAAUUACGUAUUAAGGGAAACAUAUUUUGUCCCUGAUAACGUUUGUACUUGACGUAUCACAAAUACGUUUCUAAUCAAAGUCCACCAAAGUCUGCAUAGGGAGUAGUUUGGGGUGGAUGGACGGUUAAAAAAAUACUAAAGACUUUCACCCGGGAGACGGGGUUCAGUUUUGUUGGAGGUGUUUUGUCCAAUAAUGGGGUUUAGGGUAUAAUGAAAGAAAAAAGAAAAUAUAUUGAAUUAAAAUUUGUAGUAGGAUGGGUAGAUUACAUGUACUGUAAAUUCCCUUCCAUUUAGCCUAAUAACUGAAUGCCUAUACUUUAUCCGAAGAGGUCUUCUCAGUUGACAAACUGGGAAAAACUGGACAGUUUUCUAUCCAGUGGUGUAGUGAUAUUUUGAUCAGCUGUAAAUAUUUUUUUAAGUGCAUUGCAAA